UUUCAUUCCCGUUCAGUGUUAUGUAAAGUGUGAACUCUUCGGUGAGAUCGAGAGGGCAAGUUUCUUCUUCAAUUCUUGUUGAGAACCUCGAGAAUGUUGGGAAUCUUCAGCAGCUCCAUCGUCUCACCGCCGGAAGAGCUCGUCACCGCCGGCAACCGCACACCGUCGCCCAAGAUCACGGCGACCGCUUUGAUCAACCGCUUCGUCCAGACCAACGCGUCCGCCGUUUCCCUGCAGAUCGGAGAUCACGUCCAGCUUGCUUAUACUCACAGCAACGAGACACCAUGGCAGCCCAGGUCAUUUGCUGUGAAGGACGAGGUAUUCUGCUUGUUUGAGGGAGCUCUGGACAAUUUGGGCAGCUUAAAGCAACAAUAUGGGCUAGCCAAGUCCGCCGAUGAAGUGGUUUUGGUCAUUGAGGCUUACAAAGCGUUACGUGAUCGAGCUCCCUACCCUGCCAAUCACGUUGUAGCUCAUCUCAGUGGCAGCUUCGCUUUCGUUGUUUUUGACAAGUCCACUUCUACUCUCUUUGUGGCUUCUGACCGAUUCGGUAAGGUUCCUCUGUAUUGGGGAAUAACUGCUGAUGGAUACGUAGCAUUUGCUGAUGAUGCAGAGUUGCUGAAAGGUGCUUGUGGCAAGUCACUUGCUUCUUUUCCUCAAGGAUGUUUCUACUCAACAGCAAUUGGAGGAUUGAGAUCCUUUGAGAAUCCUAAGAACAAGAUAACUGCAGAGAUUGCAGAGGACGAGGAAAUCUGGGGGGCAACCUUCAAGGUGGAAGGGUCAGCAGUUGCUGCAGCUACAGAAUAGAAGAUCUUUUUUCCAAGUGAGGAACUGCAUGAUCCUCUGGAAUGUAAUGAGAUUGUGGUUACAAAAGAUGAACAAGUUUAAUGUAGUAGGGGCUUUGUAUUAUUCUCGUUUGGUUUCUUGUCUAGAUUAUGACGAAAAAUAUACCCCAAGUUCCUCAUUUAGAUUGGAUUGGCAUGCUUUGUUUCUAUCAUUGUACAGUAGCUGCUUUUUUUCACUCUAAUAAAUUAUGCUUCUGCUUUUUGAUUCUCA